UAUAUAUCAAAUAUGCUAUUUAGAAUGGUUGCCAGCUUGCUUGUACAAAAAAAUACCAUCAAUAUUUUUUUAGGCGUCCUACAGUAAUUAAUUGGCCGUUAUUAACCUCAGUAACAUUCAGCUUCUGAGAUCAAGAGUUAUUUCCCUGUUUCGUAUAUGGGUGGAGUUAUUUCCCUGUUUCGUAUAUUGGUGGAGUUAUUUCCCUGUUUCGUAUACACUGAGAGUGAAGUCAUCAUUAUAUAAAGCGUUAAAUCUUGCUAGUGAUUGCUUAAUCAGAAAAGAGAGGUUUGUUGUGAAGGUGUGUGUAACUGAUAGUAAUACUGUUUAAAUACCUUAGGUCUAAUUGUCAUUGAUAUAUUAUUUUUUCAGUAUUUUUUCAACUAAUUCAGCAACUGAGACGAGAAAUUGAACUCCAGCUCUGCAGUUUCAGCUAACAGAAUACUGCUGAGAUAUUUACAGAAUCUUCAUAUGGAAGAAGGGACUAAAAAUUUCAAAGACAAUGGAUCCUCAGAAGCCAUCAGGUCCUUAUGCAGAACCUCCUCCACCUUACAGUAGUGCUCCACCCCCAAGCAACUACAAUCCUCCUCCUGGAGUAUUUGAUAAAGGGGCUGGAUCUGCCCCUUUUCCAACUUAUUCUCAUCAUGCUCCCCCACCUGGAGGGGUUCCUGUUUUCCCCAUGACAGCAGGCUAUCCACCUAAAUCAUCUACUGUGGUUGUUGGAGCCCCUCAUGCUGGACCAGGUUUGACAUCAGUGACUGUGGUUAAUAUGGCUCAAUGGGGUCCUUACCCCAUGCAGAUGACCUGUCCACAUUGUGCAGCCCAGGUUAUGACUGAGACUACUGCUUCCCCUGGUCUUUUAACAUGGAUUUUAUCUGGUUCCCUCAUUUUUCUUGGGUGUUGGCUUGGAUGCUGCUUGAUUCCAUGUUGUAUUCCAGAAUGCCAAGACAUUGAACAUCGCUGCCCUAACUGUAAGCAUCACUUGGGGUCAUAUCGGCGACUCUGAACAUCACCAAUUUAUUGCUCUGUUGCUUGCUUGAAUUUCAAAUCUAGAAUGUUUUAAUUAUGAAAAACAAUAAACAAACAUUGAUAUUAUUAAUGAAGAAACUGUCAUUGUAUGGUUUUUGUUGUAACUAAAUACUGAAAAAUCUUAUGUUUUUUUGUAAUUGUUAUACAGAUUUUUGUAUGAUUUUUUGAUGAAGGAAUUAUAAUUAUUUGCAAUAUAUGAUAGCAUUUGAUAUUUUAAGUUUCUCAACAGAAAUUAUGUAUAUGGUGGUUCUAUUACUAUGUAAAAUAUUAUAUACUUUUUUUAGUACGUUAUGUGAAAUAUAGGUGAUAAUGUUGAAGUAAAGAUGAUUUGGGUAAAUAUAAAAUGUAUUUAACACACAUUUUAAUUUUUUGUUUCAUUUAAGAUACAUUAGUGAAAAUGGAAAAUUAUGCAUUUUACAAAUUAUCAGUCACAUUCCAUUUGCCUGUUUAAAAAUAAUUUUGAUAAUUUAUGAUGUGGAAAACUUUAAGCUAACAAAAUUGAAAAUUUCACAGUCGUACGAAUACAGUGUUUAAAAAGUUAAUUCCAGUUAUAUUUUUUCUUGUAAAAGUAAAUAUAAACACUACAGCUUUAGUCCAUAGAAGAAAAUAAUAGUGAGUAUUGUGCAACAAAGAAAAGGAGUUACAUUAUUAUUAUUAACUUGGAUAAUGAAACAAAUGUUGUAACUACAUAUAUUGGUGUUAGUGCCUUUUACAAAUAAUGAAGAAAAAUGGUAUUGAUUAUUCUGUGGACUGCAUUUGUACAAGUUUAAAAAUGAACAACAUUUGCUCUUUACUGAAGUCUUCAUUACUUAUAUAUAAACAUAAACAGUUUAAAAAGUAAUGAAGAAUAAGUUUAAAUAUACUUAAGGUUUUGCAUAUUUAGAAAACUGAAAAAUGAUGAGUAAUUUUUAAACACUGUUUAAAUUUUGCCUGGUUAUACUGAAAUUGCUUUUAUUACAAAGUAUAAUUAGAACAGUGUAUUUUGAAGUUUGCAUAAUUUUGAAAUGACCUCUAUCAAAAAUGUGUACCUUUAAAAUUUUCUAAAUUUCAAAUAUGGUUUUGAAUAGGUAAGUGUAAAAAAAAAACACUAGUCUUUAAGCUUAGUGUAAAAUAAAUUUGUAGUUCCCUAUGAGUUUUAUCUUAUAAGGGGUUUUCUCUGACAAUCUUACCAAGUUUUAGUUGUGAGUGGUAAUUUUCUGAUUAAUAGAUGUAUAUCUGUGUAUUUGUUAAAAUCUGUACUUAGCCUUUACACAAAUCUAAGUACCUAUACAACAUCCAUUUUGUUCAUAUCUUUGAUUUUUAUUCUGUUUUUGCUACCGUUAUAACUUACUUGCACCAAAAUAUAUACAUAUAUAGUUUAUAUAUCUCUGGUGGCACAGUAAAUAAUUUUCACACGAAGUAUUGUCUUGAAGCAACUAUCAUGUUACUUUCUUUAUAAGAAAUAGCUAAAUUAUGUUUCUUACUUAACAAUGGUUACACACUUUGUGACCUGAAGUGUUAAUACUUUGUAUUACAAACAAGUUUGAUUCAUUCAGAUAGCCAGGAUAUUUUUGUUAAUGGUAGAUUAUCAGAUGGCAAUUUUUGUAUUGUUCUUUGAUGCUAAAACUAGAAUUAUAAGAAACAUAUUUGCAACAUGGUCCGAACUUUGUGUUAUUUAGUUGGUCCUGAUAGUUAGGUGGUCUGUGGGUUGACUAGAAUACCAAAAAAAUAAUUUCAACCUUUUUUUUGUAUUUUACCUUCUCAUCAAAUGUGUAUUUCUAUAAUAUUUCCAAGAAACGUAGUUGUAUUUUCGUCUGGUAAAAGUAUAUUUACUUGAACCUCCUAGAUGGAGCCUCUAGCUUUCUGGGAUCUCUGGCCUAUUUUAAACAUUAUGGGAAAUCCCUAUGAUGUCUGAAAUAAAAAGGAGGUUCCUGGAAUAUGUGAAUGUUGUGAUUGAUCCAGAUGAAGUAUGAUGAAUAUUAACGUUUCUAUGGAGAAAUAUAUUGCAUUUUUGUCACUAUUCAAAUAGUAAUCAAAAGUCACAUGAUUUAUUUGUGUGUGUGUGUGUGUUUAUCUGAAUUAAUAUUAUCAUCAUGUACAUUCCAAGAGUGAUAUAAUCAAAAACAGUUGUUUUCAGUUGUUUAAUGAUACACAUACGUGCACAUUCGUAUUUGCAAUUAUGUCUUUCUUUAAAAACCUAUCUGCAAUUUAUAAAAUGGAAUUAACAUUUACAUACAUGUUCUUGGAGUGGACCAGUUGAAAUGUUGCUAAUUUGGACUCUGAUUUGCAGGAAUAUUAGGCUUUCUUGAACACAUGAAAUUACAAAAUUUGGUAUCUCUGUUAUAUAGUAAAUAAAACAAAUAAGAUAUUAAUA